AUGGAUACUAUAGAAAAAAGUAAAAGGAAAGAAAAUGAAAUAGAUGAUCAUUAUAAAAAUGAAACACAAAAAAAAAAUAGUGAAACAUAUAGUAUGCAAAUAAAUGACGAAAAAAAAAAUAAUGAAAUAAAUAAUUUCUCAAAAGUGGAGAAUAGUUUGGAUAUUUAUGGAAUUGCUAAUGUAAAUAAAAAUGAAAUGGCCAUGUAUAAUAAUUUUGAGACAAUUGGUUCUACAUCUACUACUAAUAAUAAUGGGAAUAAUCUAAUUAUGAGAAAAAAUAAUGAACAUAAUGAAGGAAAAAAAAUAUUUGGUGUUGAAAAUAAAAGCAGUUAUGAAACAGAAGAUGAUAUUUUAUUAAAUGAUGAAACUAACUUAUCGGAUGAAGAAGUCGAAGAUGAAAAUGUUCGCGAAAAAGAUUUAAUACUGCAAAGAUAUAAACAUGGAACUAGUAUAUAUAUAGAUAUAUUGUUUAUUGAAAAUGAUAAAAAAAAAAAAAAAAAAAAUCCAUGUGUAGUUAUCGAUUUUUAUUCUGAAUGCUUAAAUAAAUAUAAAAGUGAAUGUAGUUUUGUAUAUUAUCAAAAUUAUAAUAGUAUUAGUAAUGUGAUAAUAAAUGAAAACGUAGAUGUAGGAAAUUUGAAUACAUCUACAAAUACUUUAAUAGAAAAUUUCGAAAAUCUAAAUACAGGAAAUAAUAUAAAUUAUUCUAUUGAAGAAAAUAUUAAUAAUUUAAAUUUAGGAGAUGAACAAAAUGUAAAUGGUAAAAAUAAAAUAAUUCCAAAAAUUGUUACAAACCAAUUGAUAAGUAAUAAUACAGGAAUAAAUUGUGGAUCUAGUUCUAUUCUUCCAUAUGAUGAUUUUAAAAAUUUUGAUCUUCAAAAAAAAAAACAAGAAUCUUUAGAUCCACUUUUAAAAUGUAUUAAUUCAUUAUCUGAUAGAAUCAAUUUACAACAUCUAGUUGGUGAUCCGACGUCAUAUUUUAAAUUAGGAGGUGGUGAUAUGUUUUAUGAUAUAAAUGAUCCUUUUUUAGAUGAUGAAGAAAUGUAUAAAGAAUUAAAUAAAACAAAAAAUGAAAUAAUAUUAACUAGGCAAAUUGAAGAUGAAUAUAGUGUAUGGAGUGCAGAUAUUUCAGACGAUUAUGUUGAAAUAAAUCCAAAUUAUUUUUUUUCAUUUUAUAGUUCAAAAUGUAAAUAUAUAUAUGAAAGUGAUAAUGAAGAAAUUGAUGAAAUAAAUAUAGAAAAAAGUGAAAGUUCAGAUAAUGAAAAUUAUAAAAAUGUGUUAAAUUCAUCAUCUUCACAAUGUUUAAAUGAAAAUAUAAAAGAAGUAUAUAUUAUAAACAAUGAUAUAAGUAAUAAUGAAAAAAAAAAUGAUGAUUUUAUGAUAUACUCUAGUGAGGAAGAUAUUUGUGAAUCAUCUUCUGAUGAAGAAAAUGGAAAUAAUGAAAAAGAAUCCGAUUUUUCUGAAGAAGAAAUUAUUUUUAAUCCAUUUGCUUGGAAAAAAUUCGAAAAACAUAUUCCUUUAGAAUUUAUUUCAUAUUUUGAAAAUUUAGAAAAAGAAUUAGAUGCACUACCAAUUGAAGUAGAUAUAUCAGAUAUUCAAAAAAUUAUAAAAAUAUAUAUUCAUAAAAUAUUUGUGCAUAUUAUGAAAAAACAUAAAAAAACGUUGAAUCAUUUUAAUAUGCUUUUAGAUGAUUUUAUAGAAAUAGAUAUAAAACAAUUAAGAUGGCUAACUACAAUAAUAAAUAAAACUUCAAACUCAUUAAAUGAUAUUGAUAUUUGUCGAAUUUGGUUUGAGCAUAUUUUUUCUUAUAAUACUAAAUUGUUUGUAAAUUAUGAAAAAGAAUUUAUUACAAAAAUUAAAACCUCACAAAUUUUUGAAAAAAAUAAUAAAUUGCAUCUAAAUAAUAUACUAAAGGAUAUAUCACUAUGGAAAGUAUAUCAUGAUAGUAUGGAAAAAAAUAGUAAAGAAAAUGUAGAUGUAGACUCUAUUAAUAUUAAUGUAAAUGGAAAAAAUGGAUCGAUCCAUUUCAAAAAUAGCCAAUCUAGUUUAAAAGAACUAGAUAACAAAAAAAAAAUAGAAAAUGGAGUAAAUACACUGGAUGAUAAAUAUUUGAAAAAUGAAAAAAACAAUUUUAUAAAUUCAAAAAAUGGAAAUGAUAAUGGAUUAAAGAAAAUAGCUGGGCAUAUGUCUACUCAUAAUAUUAUUGAAAGUAAUAAGGGGGAUAAAAAAAUGUUUUAUGGAAAUAAUUCAAUAAGCAAUACUGAUUUAAUUAAAAGUGGAAAUGAAGAAAAUUUUGGUAAAAAUGGUAAUCAAAAUAUAUCAGAAAUUAAUAAUAUAACAAAUAAUGGAUCACAAAAAAUUGAUGAAUCUGACAAAAUAAAAGGAAAUGAUAAAAAUGGUGAAAAAGAACAAGAUGUAAAUAAAAUAAAUAAUAUAAAUAACAAUUAUAAAGAAAAUUAUAAACUAAUUGAAAAAUAUUUCAAACGAUUCGAAAAUAUAUCUCAUGAUAUAUUAAAUUAUAUAAAAAUAUUUAACAAACAAAAAUGUUUUUUGAAAGACAUGAUAUCAGCAGGUUUUGAUGUACUAGUAGAAAAAAAUAAUAAAUAUUUUGGAAAAUUACCACAUAUAGCAUUAUCAGAUAUAUUAACAAGUUUAUUUAAUUUUAGAUAUAAAACAAAUGUAAUAAUUAAUUAUGAUUAUAUAGAAGCUCUUAUAAAUUUUUAUCAAGAAAAAUAUAAAAUUGAUAUAUCUUAUGAUAAAGGAAAAAAUAAAAAAGUUUUUCUUUUUGAUACUGUCGAAAUGAGCAAACUAAAUCUUAUAUUUUAUAAAAAUAAAAAUAUACUUAACGAUAAAAUGGCGUUAAAUAAUAGUGAUCAUGAUAAAAAAGAAAAUUAUAAAAUGAAAGAAUUUCAUGAUGGGAAAAAUAUGAAUAAUGGGAAUAGUAACUUCAAACAUUUUGGAACAAACACAAAUGACAUUUUAGAAAAAAAUAAUAAAUAUAAUUUAACUUUUAAAAACGAAUUUAAGAAUGUACACACAUUAAAUAAUUCAAAUAAUUUAAUAAAUAAAAGAAAAAUACAUGAAUCAAAUAAGCAUAAUAAUAUUAAAGAAGUAAACUAUAAUAUAAAUACAAAAAAAAAAAAUAUAGAUAAUCAUGAUAAUAAUAAUCAAAAAAAAGGAUUAUCAUCAGCACGUAUUGUUAUAUGCUCAGACAACGAAAUUGAAAAUAUUUCGAGUAAACAUUUUCCAAUUAAAAAUAAUCUCAAAAAUAUAACUACAUUUAUAGAAAAUAUUACAAAAAAAAAAAAUAAUCAUACUUGUGAUAAUAAUCACAGGAAAAAUUGUAACAAUAAUAAUAAUGUAAGCAAACAAAAUGGUUCUAUUUUUAAUUUAAAAAAAGUUAGAGAUGUUACAAAUGCAUGUGCUAAAAGUAGUAGAACAAUUAUGAGUAAUAUAUCUGUUAAAAAUCCAAAUAAAAAUAAUAUGCAUUGUAACUAUAAUAGUAAUUAUAUAGAAAGUGAAUAUCCUAAUAUUAUUAAAUUUUCAAAACAAAAAAACAUUUUCAAUAAUGAAAAGAUGUUCAUUAUUAGUGAUGGAAAUAAUAGUAUACUCAAUUCUAGUAACAAUUUUAACGAUAAAACGAACUUAUAUAAAAAACGAAAAAUAAAAGAUGCCUAUAUAUCUAAUAAAAAUAAUAAUGUUGCUAUUACUAAGUUUGAUCAAAUAUCUGAAAAAAUAAAGACAACAAAUGUGGAUGAUAAGUCAGGUAUACGUAGAUGCAUAACUGUGGAUUCAUCAGAGGAAAAUGGGAAUUAG